GGGUUUGCCUCUAUUUGACUUUUGCUUUGAGCAGGAAAAAUUUGUCCCAGAGUUUCCUUGGCUUUUCCAAGGAGUUUUAGCACACAAUGGCAGACGGAGGCCAUCAACAAACACAUCCGAACACCCCCAGUGACCAGGAAGUUCGAGACAAUCUCCUAUGGGCGAGUCGUCCGUGCUUCCUCUAUAGGCAAGAAUUUAAGGACUGCAAGAGUAUAAAGGGGCGCUUUCAUCAGUACUUUAUCUUUGGAGAGAAUAUCGAUUGCUCCCAGUGGGGCAGGGACUAUGAAAAUUGUACAAAAUAUGAGGAGAAAGGUGAUAUAGCUGCCGGCCGGGAGCUGCUGGCCAGUGAAGCUGAGAGAAGGCGAAAAAGAAUGGAAGCUCACUAUGCCAAUGAUGUGUGGAAGAAGCGAACACAGCCCCCGAGCGACUGGAACGCCCCCCUGCCUGAGUGGUUUGUGAAGAACAACGAAAACUCCUACCUCGCUGCAAAAUCAAAAGAAGUCAAGGAGGGAAUCACAAUCCCCAUCAAGGAGGAUUCCUUUUGCUCAAUCAUGUAGUUAAAGAUUAAUUAAUCAUUAGGAUAUGUUUUAACUUGAAUGAUUUAGUUGAAAAAAAUUGAGUAAUUUCGAUAAAUUCUCAUGAAAAAAGCGAA